ACAUGGUGACCACCUGUAAUGCUUCUCAGAACUCAUCCCAGUGUUCCGUGGUUCUGGGUGGAGCUCUGGAUCUCCAGCUGAUGACCAAUGCUAGUGGAUGUGAUCAACUUUCUUUAUCAACAACGGGACCUUUAGGUUAACCAAUGUGGAGAGGACUGAUUCUGGGCAAUACCUUGUGGAGAUCUACGAUUCAAAUGGGUUUCGUUUGGGAACCAGACGAGUACAACUGGACAUUGAAGGCAAGUAACAUGAUAUAACAUAAUACAUUUUAAUCCAUAUUUUAUUUUCCUCUAUCUAUUAAAAUGGCCAAAUACAAAACAAAUGUAAUAAGGUGCAGCAGAUCAAAGUAGCCAUGAUACUGCCAGGUAAACCAUCAACAUCUCCAUUUUGCAGAGAUCAUAAGUACUACUUCCUUAGACCUAGUAACCAUUUCCUUAUAUGGUUGGAAAUACUGUCAGAUUGAAACAAAUUGUGUAACAUAGAUGUUAUGAUGUCUUUGUCAUAGUGUUGUGUGGUACAAAGUUCAAUCUGGUAGAUAGUUAACUCUUGGUGCCACAGGGUCUGACUGCCAAGGAUUCCAUUAUGUCGAGGGAGCUUAGUGGGGUUUAUCUUAGAAUGAUUGAUAGAUGUGAUAUACUGACUUGGGGUUCAAGGUAAUAACAUCAAAGAAGGAAGUGCCCAUUGAUGGUUACCAGAUGUUGUGGAAGCAAUAUGUAACAUGGACUAUAUAAACUGAGAUAUUUUCUUUGUCUAGUAGUUCGGAUGACAAGAGGCAAAGCAUGGGCCGUUUGUUAGACGAACCACGGUACCGUGUCUAUUAAAUAAUUUGUAUUAACUCUACAUCUAAGUGUUUAAUAUCUUCUUGCAUCAUGACUCACUUGACACCAGAGAAACUCAUCAUAACAAUAGGUGAAUACAAUAUGCUGAGACACAGCACAUGUGGCUACACUGAAAAAUCCACAUUCAUGUAGGCUUACAAGUGCCUAUAGAAGGUCUACACCCCACUUGGAUUUCUGCACAUUUUCUUGUGUUAUAAAGUGGGUUUAAAAUGAAUUUAAUUUGUCCAUGCUCUAAACAAAAUACUCUGUAAUGUCAAAGUGGAAGAAAAAUUAUAACAUUUUUUAAAGAUGAAUCCACCCCAGAAAUAAAAAGCAUGAAACUCGUGUCAAUUUGGUGAAAGCCUAUGUUCUAUUAGUGGGUAAAAUAAAACAUUUCCCCAUGAUUUAACUUCUAAGUGGAUUGACAGUUUGAAAAGAGUGUCUAUCACCUAAUGAAUGAUGAUGUAAUUCUGCUAGCUAGCUAGUUAGCUAUGGUGUCUCAUUUGUACUUGUAAAUGUAAAUGUACUUGAUUUGAGUUUGUUCUGCUGCUGCUGACAUCUGCCUCUUACAAACAAGCAGUCGAAUGCCCCCCUUCUAUGUCCCUAACAGUGAGAGAUACACAUUACAUAUCCAACUCAAACGUAGCCCAGUGUCUUUAGCCAGAGGCCACUGGAUGCAGAAAUCAGAUGAAAAAUUAUGAAACAAAUGUGAAGAUUAAAGGGAUAAUCCAACCCCAGAAAUAUAAAUAAUGAAACUCCUGUCAAUUUGGUGAAAGCCUACAUUCUAUCGGUGGGUAAAAUACAACAUUUCCCCAUGAUUUAACUUCUAAGUGGUCCGUCUGUAAAACCCAGGAAAUAGUAUAGGAACGCGUCAUAGCGACAUGAUUCUCGUAACUGGAGAUAGGAGAUAACACACUAUCACAUUUCAUAACACUUUUAAAACAAUUACCUGCACACCAGAUCACCUGAUCAAUCAAUAGAUGGUAUGGCCAUACUUGUCUAGAACACAUCCAUCUAUUUAUAUCGUCAUGACAAAGUAUAGAAUUUGUUUAGAUGUGCCCAAUCUAAACAGUGUACCAAAUUAUUCAACUCUGUUUCUCCUUUGAGUAUCAUGUCGCAAUGUGCCCAGUGUGUCUGUGGAAAACAGAGAUAUUACAGAAAGGAGGUGAUGGGAAUCCCAUUGGGCAAUGAAUGGAGAAACGUCCCACCCAACUGACUGUCGACCCAUCGCAUUCACGUUGUCAUGCUGAACGUUGCUAAACUAAUCGAGUCGAGAAACCUGCCUAUUGUCCUCAAAAGUAUGUAAUGUCACGAUUUCAAAGCUAUAUGAUAUUACAGAGAACAAGUUCGUUAUUUCAACUGACUCCCAUUCACUCCUUGAAGGAGAGCUUUCCUUGUCCCAGAAUCACCCAGAAUGCACCACGUGGUCUAUUGACGACGCAUGGGCAACAUACACAAUGGGCGUUAAUACGGUCUAAGGGAGUUUCCCAUCUCCUCAAAAGUGUGAAAGAAACGUACUCUGCUCUCGCUCUGGGCAGAGACGAAUUGCAAGUUGAAUUCAGUGAGAUAGAUUACUAAAUUGAUACUGCAGUUUGUUUUGCCGAUUUUACAGCUACAGUAGCUAGCCACUUCAAAUGCUGAUAUUGACUUUGGUAUUACUGUGUGUAGCUAUGUUUUUCUACCUAGCUACCAAGCCAGCCCAGAGAGAGAGCGCAUUGCAUUGUGGGUUUGUAGUCAACUUGAGCAGCAACAGAUUUCCCAAAACAAUUUUCACAUGUUUCUACCAACCUUGUUAUAACAACAAAAUGAAACGUUUGUUCACACAUACACCACCGGUCAAAAGUUUUAGAAUACCUACUCAUUCAAGGGUUUUUAUUUAUAUUUACUAUUUCUACAUUGUAGAAUAAUAGUUAAGACAUCAACCUAUGAAAUAACACAUAUGGAAUCAUGUAGUAACCAAAACAGUGUUAAACAAAUCAAAAUAUAUUUUAUAUUUGAGAUUCUUCAAAUAGCCACCAUUUGCCUUGAUGACAGCUUUGCACACUCUUGGCAUUCUCUCAACCAGCUUCAUGAGGUAGUCACCUGGAAUGCCUUUCAAUUAACAGGUGUGCCUUCUUCAAAGUUAAUUUGUGGAAUAGUGUGGGGGUGCUUUGCUGGUGACACUGCUGGUGAUUUAUUUAGAAUUCAAGGCACACUUAACCAGCAUGGCUACCACAGCAUUCUGCAGCGAUACGCCAUCCCAUGUGGUUUGGGUUAAUGGGACUAUUAUUUGUUUUUCAACAGGCCAAUGAUCCAACACAACUCCAGGCUGUGUAAAGGCUAUUUUACCAAGAAGGAGAGUGAUGGAGUGCUGUAUCAGAUGACAUGGCCUCCACAAUCCCCCGACCUCAACCCAUUUGAGAUGGUUUGGGAUGAGUUGGACGGCAGAGUGAAGAAAAAGCAGCCAACAAGUGCUCAGCAUAUGUGGCAACUGCUUCAAGACUGUUGGAAAAGCAUUCCAGGUGAAAUUUGUUGAGAGAAUGCCAAGAGUGUGCAAAGCUGUCAUCAAGGCAAAGGGUGGCUAUGUGAAGAAUCUCAAAUAUAUAAUAUGUUUUGAUUUUUUGGAUUACUACAUGAUUCCAAAUAUGUUAUUUCAUAGUUUUGAUGUCUUCACUAUUAUUCUACAAUGUAGAAAAAUUUAAAAAAUAAAGCCCUUGAAUGAGUAGGUGUUCUAAAACUUUUGACCGGGAGAGUAUACAGUGGGGGAAAAAGUAUUUAGUCAGCCACCAAUUGUGCAAGUUCUCUCACCUAAAAAGAUGAAGAAAACGUUUGACCUGUGUCAUUGCCAACAAAGGGUAUAUAACAAUAUAUUGAGAAACUUUUGUUAUUGACCAAAUACUUAUUUUCCACCAUAAUUUGCAAAUAAAUUCAUUAAAAAUCCUACAAUGUGAUUUUCUGGAUUUUUUUUUCUCAUUUUGUCUGUCAUAGUUGACGUGAACCUAUGAUGAAAAUUACAGGCCUCUCUCAUCUUUUUAAGUGGGAGAACGUGCACAAUUGGUGGCUGACUAAAUACUUUUUUUCCCCACUGUAUAUAAUUUUUUACAUAUUAGUGUUAUUUAAUGCUAUUUGACACUGUUAAUCCUAGGAAUUAGUGGUUUGGGGUGGAUUAUUCCUUUAACAAAAAAUAAAACACUAAUAUACCUUGAUUAGAUAACUAUUCACUCCCUGAGUUAAUACAUGUUAGAAACACCUUUGGCUGUAAUUACAGCUGUGAGUCCUCUUGGGUAAGUCUCAUAAGAGCUUUGCACACCUGUAUUGUACAAUAUUUGCCUAUUAUUCUUUUAAAAAUUCUUCAACCUCUGUCAAGGUGUCUGGGAUCAUGGCCAGAAAGCAAUUUCAAAUCUUGCCUUAGAUUUUUAAGCAGAUUUAAGUCACAACUGUAACCUGGCCACUCAGGAACAUUCACUGUCUUCUUGGUAAGCAGCUCCAGUGUAGAUUUGGCUUUGUGUUGUAGGUUAUUGUCCUGCUGAAAGGUGAAUUUCUCUUCCAGUGUCUGGUGUAAAGCAGACUGAAGCAGGUUUUCCUCUAGGGUUUUAGCUGUGCUUAGCUCGAUCUAAUUUAUUUUCAUCCUGAAAAACUCCCACGUCUUUGCCGAUGUCAAGCAAACCAUACCAUGAUGCAGCCACCAUCAUGUUUGAAAAUAAUUUGGCUGUUACUCAGUAAUGUGUUGUGUUGGAUUGGCCCCAAACAUAAGGCUUUGCAUUUAGGCCAAAAAUGUUAUUCCUUUGCUGUGUUUAUUUGCAGUAUUACAUUAGUGCCUUUUUUGAAUAUUUUAUUGUGAAUAUUGCUAUUCUUCUUUUCACUCUGUCAUUUAGGUCAUUAUUUUGAGGUCACUACAGUGUUGUUGAUCUAUCCUCAGUUUUCUCCCAUCACAGCCAUUGAAUUAUGUAGCUGUUUUAAAAUCACCAAUGGCAUCAUGGUAACAUUCCUAAGCAGUUUCCGUUCUGUCCUGCAGCUCAGUUCAGAAGGUCGACUGCAUCUUUGAUGUGUCUGGGUGGUUUAAUACAUCAUCCACAGCAUAAUUAUUAACUCGACCAUGAUUAAAGACAUAUUCAGUGUCUGAUUUGUUAUUGCUACUCAUCUACCAAUCACUGCCCGUCUUUAUGAGGCUUUCGAAAAGCUCCCUGGUCUUUGUACUUGAAUCUGUGCUUGAAAUUCCAUACUUGACUGAGAGACCUUACAGAUGUUGUAUGUAUGGGGGGCAUAGGAAGGGGUAGUCAUUUACAAAUCAUGUCAACCCCUAUUAGUUUAGUCCAUAUACAGUGGGGAAAAAAAGUAUUUAGUCAGCCACCAAUUGUGCAAGUUCUCCCACUUAAAAAGAUGAGAGAGGCCUGUAAUUUUCAUCAUAGGUACACGUCAACUAUGACAGACAAAAUGAGAAAAAAAAUCCAGAAAAUCACAUUGUGGGAUUUUUAAUGAAUUUAUUUGCAAAUUAUGGUGGAAAAUAAGUAUUUGGUCACCUACAAACAAGCAAGAUUUGUGGCUCUCACAGACCUGUAACUUCUUCUUUAAGGGGCUCCUCUGUCCUCCACUCGUUACCUGUAUUAAUGGCACCUGUUUGAACUUGUUAUCAGUAUAAAAGACACCUGUCCACAACCUCAAACAGUCACACUCCAAACUCCACUAUGGCCAAGACCAAAGAGCUGUCAAAGGACACCAGAAACAAAAUUGUAGAACUGCACCAGGCUGGGAAGACUGAAUCUGCAAUAGGUAAGCAGCUUGGUUUGAAGAAAUCAACUGUGGGAGCAAUUAUUAGGAAAUGGAAGACAUACAAGACCACUGAUAAUCUCCCUCGAUCUGGGGCUCCACGCAAGAUCUCACCCCGUGGGGUCAAAAUGAUCACAAGAACAGUGAGCAAAAAUCCCAGAACCAUGCGGGGGGACCUAGUGAAUGACCUGCAGAGAGCUGGGACCAAAGUAACAAAGCCUACCAUCAGUAACACACUACGCCGCCAGGGACUCAAAUCCUGCAGUGCAAGACGUGUCCCCCUGCUUAAGCCAGUACAUGUCGAGGCCCGUCUGAAGUUUGCUAGAGUGCAUUUGGAUGAUCCAGAAGAAGAUUGGGAGAAUAUCAUAUGGUCAGAUGAAACCAAAAUAUUAAGUUUUUGGUAAAAACUCAACUCGUCGUGUUUGGAGGACAAAGAAUGCUGAGUUGCAUCCAAAGAACACCAUACCUACUGUGAAGCAUGGGGGUGGAAACAUCAUGCUUUGGGGCUGUUUUUCUGCAAAGGGACCAGGACGACUGAUCCGUGUAAAGGAAAGAAUGAAUGGGGCCAUGUAUCGUGAGAUUUUGAGUGAAAACCUCCUUCCAUCAGCAAGGGCAUUGAAGAUGAAACGUGGCUGGGUCUUUCAGCAUGACAAUGAUCCCAAACACACCGCCCGGGCAACGAAGGAGUGGCUUCGUAAGAAGCAUUUCAAGGUCCUGGAGUGGCCUAGCCAGUCUCCAGAUCUCAACCCCAUAGAAAAUCUUUGGAGGGAGUUGAAAGUCUGUGUUGCCCAGCGACAGCCCCAAAACAUCACUUCUCUAGAGGAGAUCUGCGUGGAGGAAUGGGCCAAAAUACCAGCAACAGUGUGUGAAAACCUUGUGACGACUUACAGAAAACGUUUGACCUGUGUCAUUGCCAACAAAGGGUAUAUAACAAAGUAUUGAGAAACUUUUGUUAUUGACCAAAUACUUAUUUUCCACCAUAAUUUGCAAAUAAAUUCAUAAAAAAUCCUACAAUGUGAUUUUCUGGAUUUUUAUUCCUCAUUUUGUCUGUCAUAGUUGAUGUGUACCUAUGAUGAAAAUUAAAGGCCUAUCUCAUCUUUUUAAGUGAGAGAACUUGCACAAUUGGUGGCUGACUAAAUACUUUUUUUCCCCACUGUAACUUAUUAUGUGAUUUGUUACGCCACAUUUUACAUCUCAUUUAGGUUUGCCUAAACAAAGGGGGUGAAUAAAUAUGCAGUGACUAUUUUUGUUAUUAUAUUUGUAUUAAUUUGAAGAAACUAAAUUAAAUGUUCUUUUCACUUUGACAUUAAGGACUGUUUUGUGUAGAUCAAUGUACAUUUUUUUUUACAAUCAAAUAUAUUUCAAUCCCACUUUGUAACACAACAAAAUGUGGAAAAAAGGUGGUGUAGAUUUUCUAUAGGCACUGUAUGUGUAUGUAUUUUUGCAGUGCCUUGCAAAAGUAUUCAUCCCCCUUAGCGUUUUUCCUAUUUUGUUGCAUUACAACCUGUAAUUUAAAUGGAUUUUAAUUUGCAUUUCAUGUAAUGGACAUACACAAAAUAGUCCAAAUUGGUGAAGUGAAAUAAAAAAAAAUACUUGUUUCAAAAAAUUCUAAAAAGUAAAUAAUGGAAAAGUGAUAUGUGCUUAUGUAUUCACCAUCUUUGCUAUGAUGCCCCUAAAUAAGAUCUGGUGCAACCAAUUACCUUCAGAAGUCACAUAAUUAGUUAAAUAAAGUCCACCUGUGUGCAAUCUAAGUGCCACAUGAUCUCAGUAUAUAUACACCUGUUCUGAAAGGCCCCAGAGUCUGCAACACCACUAAGCAAGGGGACCACCAAGCAAGCGGCACCAUGAAGACCAAGGAGCUCUCCAAACAGGUCAGGGACAAAGUUGUGGAGAAGUACAGAUCAGGGUUGGGUUAUAAAAAAAUAUCCAAAACUUUUUACAUCCAAUGGAGCACCAUUAAAUCGAUUAUAAAAAAAAUGGAAAGAAUUUGGCACCACAACAAACCUGCCAAGAGAAGGCCGCCCACCAAAACUCAUGGACCAGGCAAGGAGGGCAUUAAUCAGAGAGGCAACAAAGAGACCAAAGAUAACCCUGCAGGAGCUGCAAAGCUCCACAGUGGAGAUUGGAUUAUCUGUCCAUAGGACCACUUUAAGCCAUACACUCCACAGAGCUGGGCUUUACGGAAGAAUGGCCAGAAAAAGCCAUUGCUUAAAGAAAAAUUAAGGAAACACGUUUGGUGUUCGCCAAAAGGCAUGUGGGAGACUCCCCAAACAUAUGGAAGACGGUACUCUGGUCAGAUGAGACUAAAAUUGAGCUUUUUGGCCAUCAAGGAAAACGCUAUGUCUGGCGCAAACCCAACACCUCUCAUCACCCCGAGAACACCAUCCCCACAGUGAAGCAUGGUGGUGGCAGCAUCAUGCUGUGGGGAUGUUUUUCAUCGGCAGGGACUGGGAAACUGAUCAGAAUUGAAGGAAUGAUGGAUGGCGCUAAAUACAGGGAAAUUCUUGAGGGAAACCUGUUUCAGUCUUCCAGAGAUUUGAGACUGGGAUGGAGGUUCACCUUCCAGCAGGACAAUGACCCUAAGCAUACUGCUAAAGCAACACUCAAGUGGUUUAAGGGGAAACAUUUACAUGUCUUGGAAAGGUCUAGUCAAAGCCCAGACCUCAAUCCAAUUGAGAAUCUGUGGUAUGACUUAAAGAUUGCUGUACACCAGUGGAACUCAUCCAACUUGAAGGAGCUGGAGCAGUUUUGCCUUGAAGAAUGGGCAAAAAUCCCAGUGGCUAGAUGUGCCAAGCUUAUUGAGACAUACCCCAAGAGACUUGCAGCUGUAAUUGCUGCAAAAGGUGGCUCUACAAACUAUUGACUUUGGGGGGUUGAAUAGUUAUGCACGCUUAAGUUUUCUGUUUUCUGUUCUUAUUUCUUGUUUGUUUCACAAAAAAAAAUAUUUUGCAUCUUCAAGGUGUGUUGUGUAAAUCAAAUGAUACAAACCCCCAAAAAAUCUAUUUUAAUUCCAGGUUAUAAGGCAACAAAAUAGGAAAAAUUCCAAGGGGGGUGAAUACUUUCGCAAGCCACUGUAUAAGGGGCUUAAAAGCCAUGGAAUCAUUGAAUGCAAACAUCCAGUAGAGUUUAAGAAUAAUUUAGACCUUCAGUUUAGGAUGCUAGACUUAUGUUCUUAAGAAGAAAGUGGUCAGCCUGCAAUAUAUGCUUCUUUGUUAACACCACUCUGUGGGUGUUGUUGCCUGGUAACGUGGCCUGAAUUCAGUCAGGGAGACCUCAUCAGCUAUAAACAGGGCUGCCCACAGGGGCCUUAUUCAUAAAUAGAAAUUAAAACCAUGCCAACUGUCUCUGUUUCAGAAUGUCAACACAUAUAGGCUUAUUCCUCAUCACAGAUUGUAAGCAAAUAAGUUCCAGUGACUCCUAGUAACUGGUCCAGAGACGACUAAAUGAUUGACAGUGGGAAGAGAGUGUCUAUCAGCUGAAUGAUGAUGUAAUUCUGCUAGCUAGCUAGUUAGCUAUGCUGUCUAAUUUUUACUUGAUUUGAGUUUGUUCUGCUGCUGCUGACGUCUGCCUCUUACAAACAAGCAGUCCAAUGGCCCCCUCAUCUGUCUCUAACAGAGAGAGAUACACAUUACAGAUCCAACUCAAACGUAGCCUUCCAGUAUUCACACACUCCGCCCAGUGUCCGUAGCCAGAGAAGACUGUAUGCAGAAGUCAGACAAGUGCACAAGUGGGGCUAGAGUUCGGGGGAGGGGCUGGAGUGCGGGGGAGGGGACAUUUUCCAAGAAUCAUGUUCAUGAAAUUAGCCAGUUUGAUGUGCACGUUGUUACAUUUAAAAUUAAAACAUUUAAAAAAUACUCAAAAUAUUUUUUGGAAAAAUCCACCAUGCUGCUGGGCACUUUUUUAUAAGAGGGCAAAAGAGCAGUUGAGCCCUAUCUGUGCACGUGCCUGGCUAUAAAUCUACACUGAGUGUACAAAACACUAGGAACUGUCUAUCUCCAGCUGACUGAUACCAGGGUAUAUUAAUUCAUAUUACAGAAAUACCCCAAUGAUGAAGCUACAGACAUAGUCAACAUGUACAAUUAUUUAGUUAGAAUGCAUGAUAUUAAAGCUAGAUCAGAAUUCUUCCUGAACAAAAGGACAUUUAUGAUAGAUAGCGCAGAAAGGAGUGAUUCUGAUGAACACCUCUUAGAAACAUUUAAUUAUAAUGGAAGUUCAUUGGGCACCAGAAGACUACAACGUGGCUUCAUUGAAGGUAAAGGGCUAUCUCUCAACAAAAAAACUCAUGAUAAUUAGCUUCCAAAGAUACAGUAUAUACAGUAAUUUGACACAUAAAGUUGAUAUGUUUUUUGUCUGUUUGCUGAAGUUGCCUUAUUCCCCCACAGCUCCAGUGUCCUCUCCUCAGCUGUCCUCUGAGUGUCUGUCCCAUGGAGAGAUGAGGGUGUCCUGCUCCUCUGAGGGGGACGGUCCCCAGUACAGCUGGAAUCUGGAUGGACAGACGUUGAGAGACACUGAGGCCUCUUCUGAUAACGAGACAAACACCAUCACUCUGAAGAAAGGCCUGUCAGAAGAUCUCACCUGUACCGUCAGAAACUACAUCAGCAGUGAUACUGUCGGCAAGGGAAUCUCACCUAGUCCCUGUAAGCUACUGUACUGUCACAUUGUCAAUCCUGUAUCUGUGCCAUUAUAUGUUUAGCUUUAGCAGACACAUCAUGCAAAAUAAUACAUUAUUAUGUUAAUAAUGAUGAUGAUGACGGUUGAUGCCAUCUCUUUGAUAUUUUCUUUAAUAUAGACCACAUGGAGAAUUAAAUGUAUCAGACUUUUGACAGAUUUCAUUCAUUAGUGUGUUAAUUAUAUUAUGUUAAUGAUUUGUUUAUUUCCGACUUGCUGAAGUCUUCAUUCUGCAAACAGUCUGUCUGAACAAGGUCAGUAAUGCAUCACUGUACCUUUAAUUAAGGUGUAGCUGUAUCUUUGUUGAAUGAUGUUUAUAAUUUUAUUCUGCUUAACUAUUCUCCUUUCUCUCUUUCUUUCUCUCUCUCCCUCCCUCUCACUCCCUCUCUCUCUUUCUCCCCCCUCUCUCUCUCUCUCUCUCUCUCUCUCUCUCUCUCUCUCUCCCUAGUCUUCUCUUUCCUCUCUCUCUCAUCAAUACCCUAACGCAGCCCUCUCUCUCUGCUCUCUCUCCCCAGGGGGGAAAAUAAAGGGGAAGGAGGGGCGAAGAAGGGGGAAAAAUGAAAAAGGGGGGGAGAAAAAAGAAAAAGCAAAAAAAAGUGAAGGAAAAAGGAAAAAGGGAACGGGGGGGGGGUGGGGCACGGGCCCUCCCUCUCUCUCUUUAUCACUCCGCUCUUUAAUCAUUAAUUGUCUGUCAGCUCUCCUCGAUCUCUCUCCUCGCUCCUCUCUCUCUCUCUCUUCUCUCUCGUUCCCUCGCUCUGCCUCUCAUCUCUCUCUCUCUCAUCUCUCUCUCGUCUGUCUCUGUCUCAAUUCAAUUCAAUUCAAUGGGCUUUAUUGGCAUCGGAAACAUAUGUUUACAUUGUCAAAGCAAGUGAAAUGGAUAAACAAUAUAAAUAUAAAAAUAGUACACUCACAAAAGUUGCAAAAUAAUAAAGACAUUUCAAAUGCCAUAUUAUGUCCAAAUACAGUGUUGAAGUGAUGUGCAAAUAGUUAAAGUACAAAAGGGAAAAUAAAGAAAUAUGUGUUGUAUUUACAAUGGUGUUUGUUCUUCACUGGUUGCCAUUUUCUUGUGGCAACAGGCCACAAAUCUUGAUGCUGUGAUUGCACACUGUGGUUUUUCACCCAGUAGAUAAGGGAGUUUAUCAAAAUUGGGUUUGUUUUAGAAUUCUUUGUGGGUCUGUGUAUUCUGAGGGUAAUAUGUGUCUCUAAUAUGUUCAUACAUUUGGCAGGAGGUUAGGAAGUGCGGCUCAGUUUCCACCUCAUUUUGUGGGCAGUGUGCACAUAGCUUGUCUUUUCUUGAGAGCCAGGUCUGCGUACGGCGGCCUCUCUCAAUAGCAAGGCUAUGCUCACUGAGUCUGUACAUAGUCAAAGCUUUCCUCAAGUUUGGGUCAGUCACAGUGGUCAGGUAUUCUGCCACUGUGUACUCUCUGUUUAGGGCCAAAUAGCAUUCUAGUUUGCUUUGUUUUUUUGUUUGUUCUUUCCAAUGUGUCAAGUAAUUCUCUUUUUGUUUUCUCAUGAUUUGGUUGGGUCUAAUUGUGUUGUUAUUGUUGUUGUUGUUGUCCUGGGACCAGCUUGCUUAGGGGACUCUUCUCCAAGUUCAUCUCUCUGUAGGUGAUGGAUUUGUUAUGGAAGGUUUGGGAAUCGCUUCCUUUUAAGUGGUUAUAGAAUUUAACGGCUCUUUUCUGGAUUUUGAUAAUUAGCGGGUAUUGGCCUUAUUCUGCUCUGCAUGCAUUAUUUGGUGUUUUACGUUGUACACUGAGGAUGUUUUUGCAGAAUUCUGCAUGCAGAGUCUCAAUUUGAUGUUUGUCCCAUUUUGUGAAUUCUUGGUUGGUGAGCGGACCCCAGACCUCACAACCAUAAAGGGCAAUGGGUUCUAUAACUGAUUCAAGUAUUUUUAGCCAGAUCCUAAUUGGUAUGUCAAAUUUUAUGUUCCUUUUGAUGGCAUAGAAGGCCCUUUUGCCUUGUCUCUCAGAUCGUUCACAGCUUUGUGGAAGUUACCUGUGGCGCUGAUGUUUAGGCCGAGGUAUGUAUGGUUUUUUGUGUGCUCUAGGGCAACGGUGUCUAGAUGGAAUUUGUAUUUGUGGUCCUGGCAACUGGACCUUUUUUGGAACACCAUUAUUUUUGUCUUACUGAGAUUUACUGUCAGGGCCCAGGUCUGACAGAAUCUGUGCAGAAGUUCUGGGUGCUGCUGUAGGCCCUCCUUGGUUGGUGACAGAAGCACCAGAUCAUCAGCAAACAGUAGACAUUUGACUUCAGAUUCUAGUAGGGUGAGGCCGGGUGCUGCAGACUGUUCUAGUGCCCUCGCCAAUUCGUUGAUAUAUAUGUUGAAGAGGGUGGGGCUUAAACUGCAUACCUAUCUCACUCCACGGCCCUGUGGAAAGAAAUGUGUGUGUUUUUUGCCAAUUUUAACCGCACACUUGUUGUUUGUGUACAUGGAUUUUAUAAUGUCGUAUGUUUUUCCCCCAACCCCACUUUCCAUCAAUUUGUAUAGCAGACCCUCAUGCCAAAUUGAGUCAAAAGCUUUUUUGAAAUCAAUAAAGCAUGAGAAGACUUUGCCUUUGUUUUAGUUUGUUUGUUUGUCAAUUAGGGUGUGCAGGGUGAAUACGUGGUCUGUCGUACGGUAAUUUGGUAAAACGCCAAUUUGACAUUUGCUCAGUACAUUGUUUUCACUGAGGAAAUGAACUAGUCUGCUGUUAAUGAUAAUGUAGACGAUUUUCCCAAGGUUGCUGUUGACGCAUAUCCCACGGUAGUUAUUGGGGUCAAAUUUGUCUCCACUUUUGUGGAUUGGGGUGAUCAGUCCUUGGUUCCAAAUAUUCUCUCUCUUUCUGUCUCUCUCUCUCUCUCCAGAUGAUGGUCAGUAAGCAGAGUGCAUCAUGGUAGAACUCAGAGGAGGGUGUUGAUGUCCUGAGAGUUGCUAUGGGGACUAACCAGGUUAUGAGAUUACCUUAUGAAAUAAUUGCUAAUGAUGAUACAAUAUUGUUUACAGUUGACAACGUUUGAUAUCGCCCUUUUUAACUUUAUUUAAGCUGUAAUUAUCAUUUUGUGUAAGUACUUACUAUCAAAUAAGUGUAAAGUACAAUGUAUUGCAUUGCUGUGUUUUCGUUUUAUAUUGCUUGUGAUAUACAGUAACAGAAAUGUAUGAGAGUUGGAGGGCUUUUUAAAUGGGGAACUGUAACAGACACUUCCAUUCUUACAUCAUGUUAUGAUUUGAUGUAUUUGUGCGAUUUUGAAUGUAUAGAAAUAAAAGCAAUCUACUUUUGAAACAUUUCAACCUCAUUUCUCAUUACCUACUACUUUUAAAAAAUGUUGGACCUCAUUUCUCAUUAUCUACUACUUUUGAAACAUUCUGGACCUCAUUUCUCAUUAUCAACUACUUUUGAAACAUUUGAACCUCAUUUCUCAUUAUAAUAAUAAUAUGCCAUUUAGCAGAUGCUUUUAUCCAAAGCGACUUACAGUCAUGCGUGCAUAUAUAUAUAUAUAUAUAUAUUGUGUAUGGGUGGUCCCAGGGAUCAAACCCACUACCUUGGCGUUACAAGCGCCGUGCUCUACCAGCUGAGCUACAGAGGACCACAAUUAUCUACUACUUUUUAAACAUUUGAACCUAAUUUCUCAUUAUCAAAUUUUGUUUAAACAUUCUGGACCUCAUUUCUCAUUAUCUACUACUUUUGAAACAUUCUGGACCUCAUUUCUCAUUAUCUACUACUUUUGAAACAUUCUGGACCUCAUUUCUCAUUACCUACUACUUUUGAAACAUUCUGGACCUCAUUUCUCAUUAUGUACUACUUUUUGAAACAUUCUGGACCUCAUUUCUCAUUAUGUACUACUUUUUGAAACAUUCUGGACCUAAUUUCUCAUUAUCUACUACUUUUUGUUUGAAGCACGACAAACUAAGUGACUAUGUGCAGGGUUUUCUGACUUUUCUAUCAGCCCACUGAAAUAAAUGUUAUUACAAAUACUGUAGCACUUCCCUUCAUGAAGAGCCAAUGCUGAGGUGUGGUCAGACAAUCAUCACAAUGUCAUAGACCAGAUCUCACGUCACAAGUUCUGAGGUCUCCUACUUCCUAGAAUGAUGGGCUAAAGUGACCUUGAGAGAUGUAGACAACCCAAGUUAAUACCCGGCCGCUCAUACCUUGUCACUGUUGUAUCUUUAGAAAUGUUCUAAAAUAGCAAAUUACUGACACUCUAUGAAAUGAAAGCGAGGCUGUUUAAACACCUCCUUUCCUUUAGAAGAUAUAGUGUAGCUACCUACCAACUUAAUACAUAGCUAAUGUUCAAGCAGCGAUAGUGACAGUUAGUGACAGCGUUAGUGAGAUUGUGACUGUUACAUUUUUUUGUCAUUCAAAGUGGGGAUCCCCAUUGCGAGUCAAUGGUUGCAGGACAUACUAAGACAUAUCUGUAGGCCUUUGUUGUGACAGACUUUAUUAACAUGCAUGCUGUGUAUGGACUUCUAAUGAUGGUAGUGGGACUGUCUUAUGGUAAGCAAAAUCAUUUAUGCAGUAUCUACAGAUAUAUUUGAAUUGUAUCUCUAUCUUAUGACUAAAAUCAAUGCUAAACAAUCUGUCUUUUCAAAACAAGUUUUUAAAACAUUUUGCUUGUAAAAUGGUCAGUCUGGUCACAAAGUCCAUAAGUGAAAUGAUGAAAGAGGUUCCGUGAAGAAAGUUAUCAUUUUCUGCACAAUGCCCCUUUUCACUCUAUCCUCAGGCAUGUAUAAGACCUCUGACGCUAGAGAGGAUGGAUCUCAGAGUUAUGGAGCUCUGGGAGGGACUGUCUAUCUCUGGCUGAUCACCAACACCAGGGGACAUGACCUUGAAUUCAAGAACAACAUCACAGGGACCAGAGUUUCAAAUUAGAAAACGACAGAGUCACAACCAACCCCCCUUUAAAACACAGAGCAGUGUUCUAUGUGGAGGAUGGGAUGUUGGUGCUCAGUAACACAGAGAAAGCUCAUUAUGGAAAAUAUGACUUAAACAUUUACAACUCAGAGGGGAUACUUCCGAAGACAAGUCAAUUAGACCUACUCCUGGUUACACAAGGAAUAAACUUUCUAAGACUUUUUUUUCAUAGUCGCCAAUAGAUGAUUUAUAGAUGUUCAACUAACUGUCAACAAACUGUUUAACUAACUAUCCACUAACACUAACUCUAACCCCAGCCCUAACUUUAACCACGACCUAAACUUCAUGACUGUUUUAGAGAGUUAAAUAAUAGUUGUCUGCUCUCAUUCCUCCACAGCGCCAGUGUCCUCUCCUCAGCUGUCCUCUCAGUGUCUGUCCCAUGGAGAGAUCAUGGUGACCUGCUCCUCUGAGGGCCAGCCUCCAGUACACCAGGACGGACAGACACUGAAUGGAAUGGUGGCUUUUCUCAGUGACAUGACAGACACCGUCAUUCUGAAGAAGGACAUCGUGGGGACUCUCGAC